AUGAAGAAUAAAUUCUUUGUGAGCAAUCCAGACAAACCAACUACAAGUGUUACCCCGUCUGGUCCUUACCAGAUCAGAGAAGGUGAUACAGCGGUGAUAUCGUGUGUAGUGACAGACGCUAACCCCAACACUGGGAUCACAUGGAGCUGGACAAAGACAGGAAACCCCGCUGUCCUACACACGGGUCAGAACUACACAAUUCCUAACAUACAGAAAGGACAGAGAGGAACCUACCAGUGUACAGCUACAAACUAUAUAGGGACUUCUCUACCAGUCACAGUACAGGUGGAUGUACAGUACAAACCAACUAUAAGUGUUACCCCGUCUGGUCCUUACCAGAUCAGAGAAGGUGAUACAGCGGUGAUAUAUUGUGUAGUGACAGACGCUAACCCCAACACUGGGAUCACAUGGAGCUGGACAAAGACAGGAAACCCUGCUGUCUCACACACGAGUCAGAACAACACAAUUCCUAACAUACAGAAAGGACAGAGAGGAACCUACCAGUGUACAGCUACAAACUCUAUAGGGACUUCUCUACCAGUCACAGUACAGGUGGAUGUACAGUAUAAACCGAUAGUACAUCUAAAUUCAUCCAAUCCCUACCAUGUAACAGAACAUCGGGACGCUGUGAUGAUAUGCUCUGUGAUUGAUGCUAAUCCCAGCACUGGAAUCACAUGGACAUGGAAGAAGACUAGUAAUUCUGUGAUUCUGAGUCGUGAGGCGACCUACACAAUCCACAGGAUAACCAGAGAUAAGGCUGGGAACUACAGCUGUGCAGCUAAUAACAGUAUAGGGACAUCUAAUCCAGUUACAGUACAAGUAGAUGUACAAUAUGGUCCUGAUGAUGUCAGAUUUACCCCAGACAUAACAACUAUAAAUAAAACAGAAAAUCAAACAGUCAAUCCUAUUAAUUGUUCUGCAGUCUGUAAUCCUGCGUGUACAUACAAUUGGACAGGAGUGAGUACUAUUAAUUCAGGAAAACUGGAUCUGGGAGUGUUGAAGCGUGAUGAAAAAGGGACAUACUCAUGUUCUGCUGGUAACUCAAUCACGUCAACAUCAAAAGACCUCAUCGUCAUUGUCAACUAUCCGCCAAACUUUCAAUUAUUCCAGGCUAGUGGUCAAAACUCAGAGAAUUUGUCCUUUUCACUAACAUGUAAUGUUGACAGCUAUCCCUUGUCCACCAUAAAGAUUCAGAAUGCAGAGACAGGGGAGGUAAUAGCAUCCAACAGUGAACAGGACUCCUUGGUUUUCUCAGAGACAUCUGCAAAGUGUUACCAGACUGCAAACUACACGUGUAUUGCCGAGAAUUAUUUUACUGCAAUAUUAUCUCCAAAGCAAAGGAUUUCCAUUAAUUGCAAACCACGGACUUCAGAUGGAAAGUCAAGUAUGAAAAUUGGAAUAAAAACACACGAGGGAUUGAAUAUAUCAACAGAUUUCAUUGGAUACCCUCUACCCAAAGUAUCAUGGACAUUUAAAAGAAAUUCAACUAACAAUGGAAUUCUAAUCCCUAAUGCAAAUAUAACAGUUUUACAACUAAAUGUAUCAGCUGUUCGUACAGCGUAUGUCAAAAGCACUUUGACAGAAGAGGAGUUUGGAAGUUAUAUAGUUACAGCAGAUAGCAGUGCAGGAUCCAGUGAAUUUAUUUUUGAAGUUAUUCCAGAAAGAAAGCCGGAUUCUCCACAUAGUAUAUCAGUGAAUUGUAAGCUUGCUCCAGGAACUGCAGUGCUAAGAUGGUCACCAAGUUUUAAUGGUGGGGCACCACAACAAUUCAUUGUGUCCUAUGAAUCUACUCAAGGUCAUCAAAUCAAUUCUUCAGUCUUUUCAAAUCCAAAUGGAACAAUUGAAGGUUUACAAGGUGGAAUGCAGUAUUCCUUUCAAGUCAUUGCAUUUAAUGACAACGGAGAAACAUAUUCUGAAGAAGAGGAAGAGUGCAUAACACAAGUUAAUGGUGACACAACAGACAAUUUGCCACUGAUUGCUGGAGGAGCUGUUGGAGGAAUACUGUUUGCUGUCCUUGUAGUUAUUGGGAUUCUAUUUAUCUUACGAAGAGUCCGACAAUCAGAAGGGGAUAAAAAAGAUCUUCAUCUAAGCAAAGCAAAAUUGAAUGAAAGAGAGGACACUGAUGAAGAUGAUGGAUUGAAAGACAACAUUCUGUAUGAAUCUGCUGGACCAAGAGAUGAAGAGCCUGAAACAUCAGGAUCAGCAGUCUAUGCAGAAGUGAAUAAGAAGAAGCCAUUCAGUGAUAAUAACUCCAACAUAUUUGUGGGACAGAAACCUAAGGAAGAAGGUGCACUAUAUGCUGAUGUUGUCAAGCCAAAGAAAGGUCUUUUCAAAAAAGAUGAUAAAGCAAAGCAGAAGAAAGGAAAGAAACCCAAGGAAAAGAAGAAAAUACCAGAUGUUUAUGAAAAUUCUGAAGACAUUGCAAUGACCCAAAAGAACAAUUCCGACAAUGUGUAUUCAAAUGCAGCUGAAGGAAAUAAUUUGAGAAAUGGCAGUCGUGGCUACAAGAACCAAGAUGGGUUGUUGUACGUUGAAGUGCAAUUUGACCAGAAUAAAGAGAAAGGCAAACCCGUCAUUCAUGGUGAAGAUGAGAAAACCGAUUAUGCUACCGUGGAAUUCCCAUAUCCCAAACCCAACAGUGCAGAUAUGUCAGGAGAAGGAAAGAUUUAAACACAUUUAUACUGUAUAUAUACAUUUAUCAGCUACAAUUUGUAAUUAUGUUUUGAUUCUUAGUUGAUUUGUUUUUAAGUUGCUACCAUAUACUUUUGAUAUAACUUUGUUAUUUUGCUUAUAAAGAUAUGCUAGUUUUCUAUUCUGCAGCACUGUUUCAUUUUUAUGUUCUUCUGUAUAUAUAUGACACAUCAUAGACCAAUACUAAAAUCAGUCCAAGAUAAAAGUAACACUGGAUCGGAUUUCCUAUUUAGUGGUAAUUGAAAGAGCAGGAAAAAUGCUUCUGAUGAAGUUAAGGGAAGAGAAAGAUCCAAACAUAGAAGAGGAAUAGGUGGCAAUGGCCAUAUUGUCCUUUAGAAAAAGACUUUAAAAACUGGUCAAUUGUACUUAUAAUGCAUAAUUUAUAUAAGAAUGUGUGACAAUCUGGUUGUUUGUGUCGUUGGUCAUUUUAUAUAUAUAAGUCCCGUAUUACAUAUAAUUAGUGGAAACUCAUACAGAAUAAUGCAAUUAAUUGAUCUUAGAUAAAGGUGUUGAUAAACUCUCGUGAUAUUUUUAUUGAUGUUGUAAAUGAAUUACAUUUUUUGCUUUUUAUGCUCUAUAGUAGGAGAUAGUUUUUGGUCUGUCUGUGUAUAUAUCCACAAAAACUUGAAUCUUCGCUUAAAUUAAUAGUACUAAGGCCUACAUGUUCCUUUUGACCUCAUUACCUUGGAGUUUGACUAACUUUAGAAAGAAAUCAACCUUAGUCAUAACUUUUGAAUAUUUAGUAAUAGAGGACCAUUUCACAUGUGUAUUCCUUGUGAUAUGGUCUUUCUUUUGGUAUCAGAAUUGCAUUGCUGUCAUACGGGAGCAUGAGUGGGUUUUUUUCCUCGCAAGAUAUCUAUUUUAUGUAUUAUUUGAUUUCCAUUGCUGUGUGUAAUUUUCUUAUUUUCAUUAGAGCAACUAAUUUAUAUUCUGUUUAUUAUUAAUAAAUGAUUACUAUCAUUUCA